AAGGACAAAGGGACAGGGGACGGACACAGAGGAAGAUCCAAAUCCCCGAAACAUUUAGAUAACGAACCGGGUAAAGAGCGGGGUCGACCCAUAAUUAACCUGUUGAGUUCUCCCAGAGAGACUCGUGCUGGAAUGAGGGAGCACAGCCCCAUCCCCAGCCCAGAGACCAUGGCCAUGUUGGAGGAUAUGGCCUGCAAGCUGCUCAACGCGGAUGAGGUGGCGGCUGUCAUGAGACACUGUAAAAGGUUUCUAGUUGAGCGUGUGGUUGAGGAUCUGGUGCGCCCCCUGCUGGCCAUCUUGGACAAGCCUGAGAAGCUUCUGCUGCUGAGGGAGGUUAGAAUGAUCAUCCCUCCCACAGAUCUGGGCCGUUUUGACAGUAUGGUUUUGCCCUUUGAGCUUGAAACCUAUGACAUACUAAAAAAACGCUCUGUAAGGUCUCCUGUCCUGCGUUCUCCUCGUCAUGGUGGAACACCCCGUCGCCAUCUAAUAACUCCCAUCCCAGAUUACCGUGGUGGAUUCCACCUUCAGCCAGUGCAAGAUCUGGAGAGAGAACGGCAGCUCAUUGAAGAUCUGGAACUGCUGCGUUUGGCGGGUUUACCGACUGGACGACUUCCUCCUCCUCGAGCUUUCACACCUCUCUUGGAUGUACCAGUGGACACUUACAUCACAGACUCUCUUCGUAAUCGUUCACUGAGUCCUGCUCGUCCUGGCUGGCCUCACUCAGAGUCUUCUCACGGCACGGAACGCAUCGCACACUCCCCCCAGAGAAGAGACAACGGUUUCCCCAGGACAUCACACCAUGACUCUUUAACCAGCAGGGGUGAUUAUGUCCCAGAGCGAGGGAGAUCCCCUUAUAGGAAUGGACCUAGAAUAAAAACGGACAAAUCCCAGAAUGGUAAAGAGGUAAAGUAUACUGUAAUGAGUGCACACCGCCGGAGUAGGACCCCAUUGACCCAGGUGUUUGCGCCCAGCUCAGAUCAGGACUGGAAAGAACCAGUGAAUGGACACUCAGACAGCCAAGAAACCCCACCAGAGCAAGAGUAUGAACUAUCCACGGUUUCUAUCUCUAAGACCAAACAGUCCCUUGGAAUAAGCAUCUCAGGUGGGAUUGAGUCAAAGGUGCAGCCAAUGGUGAAGAUAGAGAAGAUCUUUCCAGGAGGAGCGGCAUCUACUAGUGAUGUUCUGAAGGCUGGAUUCGAGCUGGUGUCGGUAGAUGGAGAGUCCCUCCAAGGUGUUACACAUCCGCACGCGGUGGAUGCCAUUCGAAGGGCUUUCAGCAACAAGGCCAAAGACCCCAUGGAGUUUAUCGUCAAAGUUCCCAAGAACCCGAGAGACUGACUGAAACAGCCUGAAACUCAAUGAGUUUUGGUAAAGGCUCCAAUAUACUUAUGGUGAAGUUCUUUUUCAUUCUUCACUUGGGUAAAAAGAAGUUUGAAAUACCUGAGCAGUGGUGAACUGUUUGUGAACAUCAUGAUGCCGCCCACGCUGCUGAGAACAGAGAUUAGAUGAAUAUGUAAA